GCUGCCAUCUUUUCACGGAUGUACAGUACAUUAGUAACAAGUAAGCAGGAGUAUGACACAGCGCAAAUAGAUUACACCAACGAAUAAUGUAGCUUUUUUUCAAGCUACCCUGUAUACAAUUUCUGGGAUGAUUAGUUUAUGCGUACUCAGUAAUUUACUAUGACUAAAGUGAAUAAAAUGGAUCAUUAAGCAGUAUGCAGUUAUAGAGCUUCGCAGUAUAUCUCGUACUUAAAAUUGUUAUUGACAAUUGCGAUAAAGAUAGAAGUUAUACUUUUAAUCAAAAUAUCAAUGAACUAUGGAGAACGUUGAUUUAAAAAUUGUUUUAUUGGGUGACAAAAAUGUAGGAAAAACAUGUCUUGUGACGCGUUACAUACAUGAAACAUUUAAUGAUGAAAUUUCCUUUAAAGGUACAAUAGGCGCCGCAUAUUCAUCUAAGAAAGUAGAGUGUAAUGGACUUUCGAUUGUCCUAGGAAUAUGGGAUACAGCAGGUUGCGAAAGAUACGAGGCAAUGACGAGGAUGUUUUAUCGUGAGGCUAAAGCUGCUAUAGUAUGUUUUGAUGUUACAACAGCAGUUACCUUUCAAAGGGCAAAAUUUUGGAUCAGAGAACUCAGAGCAGUCGAAGAAUCAUGUAAAAUAUACAUUUGUGGCACAAAAAAUGAUCUCCUUAAACCUGACGAGGUUCAAUUUUUGGAAAUGAGAGCUAUAAACAAUUAUGCUACGAGCGUGAGGGCUAAAUUGUAUAUAACAUCCAGUAAGACCGGAGAAAAUAUUGCUGAAUUGUUUAAUGUAAUCGUGCAAGAUUUUGUAGCAACUAAUCCUGUUAAAGAAACGAAAGAAGUAGUUACCUUAAAUUCACCAAGCAAUCAUGUUAGGAACAGGUUUAGGUGUUGUUCAAGGCAGACAUAAAAGUGUUAGUAUAUUUUAAGUGUUGUCAUUAAUUUCAAGUAAGUGCACAUUGUAUAAUGAAUUCUAAUACAUUAUUUCAUAAACAUGUAAAGAUAUCUCUAUAUUUAAAUAUCUUGAAUAUACUUUGAAAUAUAUUCUCCAUUUUUUAAAUA